GCUCACCUCACUCCUCUCUCAUGGUGGCCAAGCCCGCACCACCGCACCAACCAUCAUCUCAUCCGACUCACCGCCCAGCACCACCAGCGGUGCCCAUGGACGCCACCGGCAUUGACGUAGGCGCGGGGGGCGGCGCCGUGUGUGACCUCAGGAAGGAGCCCAAGAUCCCGGAGCCGUUCGUGUGGCCCAACGGCGACGCGCGGCCGGCGUCGGCGGGCGAGCUCGACAUGCCGGUGGUCGACGUGGGCGUGCUCCGCAAUGGCGACGCCGCGGGGCUGCGCCGCGCCGCCGCGCAGGUGGCCGCCGCGUGCGCCACGCACGGGUUCUUCCAGGUGUCCGGCCACGGCGUCGACGCGGCCCUGGCGCGCGCGGCGCUGGACGGCGCCAGCGAGUUCUUCCGGCUGCCGCUGGCCGAGAAGCGGCGCGCGCGGCGCGUCCCGGGCACGGUGUCCGGGUACACCAGCGCCCACGCCGACCGCUUCGCCUCGAAGCUCCCCUGGAAGGAGACCCUCUCCUUCGGCUUCCACGACCGCGGCGACACCCCCGUCGUCGCCGACUACUUCAGCAGCACGCUCGGCCCGGACUUCGAGCCAAUGGGGAGGGUGUACCAGAAGUACUGCGAGGAGAUGAAGGAGCUGUCGCUGACGAUCAUGGAGCUCCUGGAGCUGAGCCUUGGAGUGGAACGCGGCUACUACCGGGAGUUCUUCGCGGACAGCAGCUCCAUCAUGCGGUGCAACUACUACCCGCCAUGCCCGGAGCCGGAGCGCACGCUCGGCACGGGCCCGCACUGCGACCCCACCGCGCUCACCAUCCUCCUCCAGGACGACGUCGGCGGCCUCGAGGUCCUCGUCGACGGCGACUGGCGACCCGUCAGCCCCGUCCCCGGCGCCAUGGUCAUCAACAUCGGCGACACCUUCAUGGCGCUGUCGAACGGGAGGUAUAAGAGCUGCCUGCACAGGGCGGUGGUGAACCGGCGGCAGGAGCGGCGGUCGCUGGCGUUCUUCCUCUGCCCGCGCGAGGACCGAGUGGUGCGGCCGCCGCCGAGCGCCGCCACGCCGCGCCACUACCCGGACUUCACCUGGGCCGACCUCAUGCGCUUCACGCAGCGCCACUACCGCGCCGACACGCGCACCCUCGACGCCUUCACGCGCUGGCUCGCCCCGCCGCCGCCCGACGCCGCCGCCGCCGUGACGCCGCAGCUGGAGGCGGCCAGCUGAUCACGUCGGAACGAGAUCCUCUGAUACGAAAGCCUCUACGUCAUCAGAGGAUCCUCUCCGAUCGCGCCCGCGCACGGCGCGCACGCAUGGACGAAAAGAAAACCCGAUUUUUGCCGGGGCCCACGAGGGAAUCCCCCACCCCCCACGUGGAACGGGCCCGGGCCGAGGUGGCACCCACGUGGACCGCGGGCCCCGCGCCGCCUUCCAAUUUUGGAGCCUACCCGACCGGUCUAGUAGCCCCGACGUGUGUUGCUGAUGUACAUAUUCAUAUAUGCAAACAACAUGUGGGCUCUUCUCUCCGUCUCC